CCCCUACAGGUCCUUGAGGCAGCUCCGGCUGGGAUGGCUUCUCCAGCAUCUCUAAGGGCUGAAAGGAGCCCAGCUCCGUGGGAGGCACCCUAGGCCUCUGAGAAGGACUUCCCAGCCAUCCGUGCUCCUGCCGCCCUCCAGUCUUCAGGCCACUCGCCAUGGGUGGCUGCUUCUCCAAGCCCAAGCCAGUGGAGCUCAAGAUUGAAGUGGUGCUGCCUGAGAAGGAGCGAGGCAAAGAGGAGCUGUCAGCAGGAGGGAAGGGCAGCCCCCGGGCCUACCAGGGCAACGGCACUGCCCGCCACUUCCACACAGAGGAGCGUCUGCCUGCCCCACACCCCUACCCUGGUCCUCAGGACUGCGUGGAGGCUGCCGUCUGUCAUGUCAAGGAUCUGGAGAAUGGCCAGAUGCGGGAAGUGGAGCUGGGCUGGGGGAAGGUGCUGCUAGUGAAAGACAAUGGAGAAUACCACGCCCUAGGCCACAAGUGUCCACACUAUGGUGCACCCCUGGUUAAAGGCGUGCUAUCCCGGGGCCGGGUGCGCUGCCCUUGGCAUGGUGCCUGCUUCAACAUAAAUACUGGAGACCUGGAAGACUUCCCAGGCCUGGACAGUCUGCACAAGUUCCAGGUGAAGAUUGAGAAGGAGAAGGUGUACAUUCGGGCCAGCAAGCAGGCCCUGCAGCUGCAGCGAAGGACCAAGGUGAUGGCCAAGUGCAUCUCUCCAAGUGCUGGGCAUAGCGGGAGUACCAACGUGCUCAUUGUGGGUGCAGGUGCUGCUGGCCUGGUGUGUGCAGAGACACUGCGGCAGGAGGGCUUCUCAGACCGGAUCGUCCUGUGCACGCUAGACCGGCACCUCCCCUAUGACCGCCCCAAACUCAGCAAGUCCCUGGAUGCACAGCCUGAGCAGCUGGCCCUGAGGCCCAAAGAGUUCUUCCGGGCCUAUGGCAUCGAGGUGCUCACUGAAGCCCAGGUGGUCACUGUAGACGUGAGAAACAAGAAAGUUGUGUUUAAGGAUGGUUUCAAGCUGGAGUACAGCAAGCUGCUGCUGGCACCAGGGAGCAGCCCUAAAAGCUUGAGCUGCAAAGGCAAAGAGGUAGAGAAUGUGUUCACCAUCCGGACGCCUGAGGAUGCCAAUCGUGUGGUGAGGCUGGCCCGGGGCCGAAAUGCUGUUGUUGUGGGAGCUGGCUUCCUAGGGAUGGAGGUGGCCGCCUACCUAACAGAGAAGGCCCAUUCUGUGUCCGUGGUGGAGCUGGAGGAGACACCUUUCCGGAAAUUCCUGGGGACCAGGGUUGGUCGUGCCCUAAUGAAGAUGUUCGAGAACAAUCGGGUAAAGUUCUACAUGCAGACAGAGGUGUCAGAGCUACGGGCCCAGGAGGGAAAGCUGAAGGAGGUCGUGUUGAAGAGCAGCAAGGUCCUGCGGGCUGAUGUCUGUGUGGUGGGCAUUGGUGCGGUGCCCGCUACAGGCUUCCUGAGGCAGAGUGGCAUUAGUCUGGAUUCCCGAGGCUUCAUUCCUGUCAACAAGAUGAUGCAGACCAAUGUUCCUGGCGUGUUUGCUGCUGGUGAUGCUGUCACCUUUCCCCUUGCCUGGAGGAACAACCGGAAAGUGAACAUCCCACACUGGCAGAUGGCUCAUGUGCAGGGGCGCGUGGCAGCCCAGAACAUGCUGGCGCAGGAGGCGGAGAUCAGCACGGUGCCCUACUUGUGGACUGCCAUGUUCGGGAAGAGCCUGCGCUAUGCAGGCUACGGAGAAGGCUUUGACGACGUCAUCAUCCAGGGGGAUCUGGAAGAGCUGAAGUUUGUGGCUUUUUACACCAAAGGUGACGAAGUGAUUGCCGUGGCCAGCAUGAACUACGAUCCCAUCGUAUCCAAGGUGGCCGAGGUGCUCGCCUCAGGCCGUGCCAUCCGGAAGCGGGAGGUGGAGACUGGUGACAUGUCUUGGCUCACUGGGAAAGGAUCCUAAGCUCCUGUACAGUGGACUUGGGAAGGCACUCUGGAGCACCAGGGUCAGAAGCCAAGCCUGGGGGACAGGUGCCAAUCUCCAACUUCCCAGGAUCCCCCAGGGUAGAAUCUGAGCCCUCCCAAUGCUUGUCUUUAACUGCCUGGCUUCCCCCACCCCCACCCCAAGAGGUUGCUGAUGUCUUGAGAAGAUGCUGAUCCCCCAAGGCCUCAGCUGCCAUUGACAGCUGGUACUGCAAAAAGAAUAGGCUCUGCCUCUUCUCCCUCUUCUGGUCCCCAGGAGGUCCCUAUGACUUGCUAGAGAUUAUCUUAAAAUUAAAAUGCACACAUUUGAAGAUCGGUGUGACUCCCCGUGUAAUUGGGCCAAUACUCAAGAGGGAAAAGGAAAAUU